AUGACAAUUGACAAUGUCCACAUUCUCUCCACGCACACUGCCACUAUCACCGCGUGUCCCUCAUCGAUCCCCAAUUACCGCAUCCGCAAGCAAGCAGCACCAUUCACUACAACAGCAACUAUCGUCAUUGGAACAGCAAUCUACCCCGCGUCUGCUCCAAUCACCGCUGCCCCGGAUACUAUCGCCGCCGUCGGGAGCAACAAUGACCGCCUAUCAACUGUGAGAACCCCGACGACUCGAACGACGACUCCAUACGCCUCGAAGACGCUCGUUGCGGGAACAAUUCUCGGCCCUUUUGUUAGUGGCCUCGCUUCCGUGACGGCCUGUGUGCCGGGUUUCCCCUCUGGCCUUCGUUAA